CAGAGGAUCGGAAACAUUGAAUGGAACACUUUGAGCUAAAUUUGUCAUCUCUCUCCUCGGUGUCUGUGUCUUUGUUUCUGUCUCUCUCAUCAUUUCCUCUCUCUCUCUCUCUCUCUCUCUCUCUCUCUGCGCAGAAUCGUAGCUUAGCAUAGCAUUCAAUUUUGGGCAACUUUGGGUAGCGAAAGCAAAACCCUUUUCUUGGGUUCUUAUUGUUUUUGCUGAAUUCGCUAUCCUCUCCAUCAUAAUCAAUAAUCAUAAUCAAAAAGCAAAAGGAACCUAAAUAAAAAUCGUUUUUUUUUUCCUGGGUAUUUACUUUCUCCCUCUCCUUUUGGGUGAUUGCAACCAGCAGAUAAUAUCGCCAACCUCGUGCCUCUAAGUAUUUGUAGAUGGGAGAAAUCGAAGAAAUUGCAAUUGAUGUUUGCUCAGAUAUAGAUGUUGAUGAUAUUAGAUGCCAUAAUAUAGCGGAGAAAGAUGUCAGUGAUGAAGAGAUUGAAGCAGAAGAAUUGGAGAGGAGGAUGUGGAAGGAUCGAAUUAAACUCAAAAGACUCAAGGAAAAACAAAAGAUUGCAGCACAGCAAGCUGCAGAGAAGCAAAAGCCGAGGCAUACCACUGAUCAAGCUCGGAGGAAGAAGAUGUCCAGAGCACAAGAUGGUAUUCUUAAGUAUAUGCUGAAGCUUAUGGAAGUCUGUAAAGCUCGUGGAUUUGUGUAUGGAAUCAUUCCUGAAAAGGGAAAACCGGUGAGUGGUUCCUCCGAUAACAUUAGAGCUUGGUGGAAAGAGAAGGUAAAGUUCGAUAAGAAUGGCCCUGCUGCCAUAACAAAGUAUGAAGCAGAGUGUCUUGCUAUGAGUGAGGCUGAUAACAAUCGAAAUGGGAACUCUCAGAGCACUCUCCAAGACCUGCAAGAUGCAACACUUGGGUCACUCUUAUCUUCUUUGAUGCAACAUUGUGAUCCUCCUCAGAGGAAGUAUCCAUUGGAAAAGGGUAUUCCCCCACCUUGGUGGCCAACCGGGAAUGAAGAUUGGUGGAUCCAAUCAAAUUUACCCCAUAAUCAGAGUCCUCCUUAUAAGAAGCCGCAUGAUUUGAAAAAGAUGUGGAAAGUGGGAGUGCUAACUUCCGUUAUAAAGCACAUGUCACCUGAUAUUGCAAAAAUAAGGAGGCAUGUUCGCCAGUCAAAAUGCUUGCAGGAUAAGAUGACAGCAAAGGAAAGUGCAAUUUGGUUAGGGGUAUUAAGUCGAGAAGAAGCUCUUAUUAGGCAGUAUAGUACUGAUAAUGGUACGUCUGGAAUUACAGACGUGCCAGUGAUAGCAAUUAUGAUGUUGAUGGCGUUGAUGAUGGUGCUGGUUCUGUUUCUUCUAAAGAAGAUAGGAGAAAUCAAGUUACAGAUGCUGAACCAUCAGAUAACUCGCGAAGGAAUUCUAUUCAAGAGAAAGAUCAAGCUGAGAAACGACCCAAAAGACCUCGAUUGAGGUCAAAUACCACUAAAAAAUUACCACCACAACCUAACAAUGAAACUUUACAAGUUGAGCCAGUAAGCACUUUGCCCAGUGAGAACCAGACAGAAGCUCAGGUGGUUGGGCAGAUUCAUGGAAAUGAACGGGGUAAUGAUACAGAUACUUCUAUGAGACUAGUGGAUAAAGGACCUGAGGUGCCAGCUCAACUACCGGCAACUGGAUUUGAUCAUUUCUCUUAUCUUCAUCUGAACAACUUAGUUCCCUCGGAAAGCAUGUAUAUGAGCGGUAGGCAAUUGCACUAUCCUGAGGUGCAAAACCCCGACAUGCAUCAAGGAACUAGUUACAAUAUUUAUAAUCCAGUGGCAGGGUAUGACCCUAGUCAUGAUGGACAGCAGUUGCAGCCCGGCAAUGAUGAACCAAUGCAGCCAGAUAAUGCAGUCUCUAUGCAACCAGAACAUAAUAUGAAAGGAGAUGAAAUUACUGGAGAUUUGCAAUAUUUUGGUAAAGAUCCAUUCCAAAGUGAGCUUGACAGACCUAUAGAUCAUUCUUUCUUUGGAUCGCCAAUCAGUAGCAUGUCGUUAGAUUUUGGAGGAUUCAACAGUCCACCAUUCCAUUUGGAUGAUUUCUUGGGUGAUGAUGAAAUGAUCCAGUACUUUGGAGCAUAGAUUAAUGGAACUAGUGACUCGGCAAUGAUUGUAUUACUCAAAUCCGAAAACUUGUUACCCAGCUGCGUGAGGGUUCGCAGAUUGUUGGUGGUAGUAUUUAUGAAGUUGGAAGUUGAGGAAUACAAUCUUAACAAUUGACAACUCAUCAAUUCAUAUACAGGGAGAAUCAUAACAUAAUUUUGUUCUCUUGAUUGCCCCAUUUUCCACAACAAUAAAUAUAUUUUGGGGUUUUGUGUACAAAUGUGACAAUUGUUGGAAUAGCUAAAGUAUCACGGAUAUUUAGGUGAAUUUCUUUGGAAAAGGGUUGCCUCUAAGUUUAAUUCAUGAUGAAUGUCUUCAUGCUCCCUCCUCUGCUCUUUGUAGGUUGGGAAGAUGUGCAACUGUGUAUAUUUCAGAGGCUGAUUGAUGCAUGAGAAAUUAGAACCGUUGUUGUAUUCUUAAUUUCUUAUAUCAAUUUGGAUAUUUUAAGUAGAACCAUGGAUGUUACUGCCAUAUCAAUUUGGAUAUUUUCAAAAGCAAAGGCUCCGUUUCUGUGAAG